GGCUUGAGUGUCACAGGCUUUCACUGUUGAGACCGGGGGGCUUGGUGGAGAAGAGUAGGUGGACCGGGUUUUGGGGGGGCUUUAUUCUGAACCAGACUGCGCAGUUGGACUUCAAAAACAAAAGAAAGAAACAUUCACUGGUUAUCAGACAGGCAACAUGGAAGCAGUGCUAGGAGUUCUUAAUUUGGGCGAUUUUGCCCAAAAUUUCUCCAAAAUGGGAAUGUUUCCUGUGUUUGAUCUCGCGUAUUACAUCGUAUCCAUCCUCUACCUCAAGUAUGAGCCAGGUACCUCGUCUUUUACUGCCCACUGAACCUCUUCUAUAAAUGUGUGGCUUUCCUGCCCGUCAAGCUGGUGUUGGUCGCCCUGAAGGAAGUCGUCCGCACUCGUAAGAUCGCCGCCGGUGUUCACCACGCCAGCCACGCCUACCACCACGGCUACUUCAUCAUGGUCAUCGUUGGAUACGUCAAAGGGUCUGGAGUGGCUCUCAUUUCCAAUUUUGAGCAGCUGCUGCGCGGUGUGUGGAGGCCCGAAACCAACGAGAUCCUCAACAUGUCAUUCCCAACCAAAGCCAGUCUGUACGGAGCCAUCCUCUUCACCAUGCAGGAGGCUCACUGGCUGCCAGUGUCCAAGAGCACCCUCAUCCUCGCCUUCACCUUCUUUAUGGCCUCAAGCAAGGUGGUGAUGACCGCCCGACACUCUCAUGGCUCCCCCUUCGCCCUCAUCGAGUCCUGGGUUUGCCACUUGCUGUUCGGCUCCCCUCUGGGUGGAUCUGAGGAAGACCACCACCACCCUCCCGCCGCUGCCCCAUCUUCACCUCUCAAAACCAAGGAGGAGCUGAGCGAUGGUGCGCGCAAGAGGAAGGCCAAGAAAGCCGAGUAGGACGCCACGCUGCACCGCUGAAACUGCAUCUGACUCGCCCCCAUCAUGGCCUCCACAUGAUGGGACUUCCCAUUCCUUUCUAGGUAAAGGGGCAGUUUGAUGUUUUACCAAAUGAGACCCUUUCUAUUAGAGCAACAUGGUGCUUUCUGCAUUUUACACAGUACGAGGACUCUGUAAAUACCACAGCAAAUGUUUCACACUUCAACCUGACCUGGACACUUAAACCUAUUUAUUUACGUUUGUGAACAUCUGCAUCUGUGCUCAACACUGUGUGGGGAUCCACGUUUAGGAGCUGCAUGGCCUCUGUUCCACAUCAGUAGUUGUGUUACCGAGUGUCAGUGGUUUUUCUUGAAGUCCACCAAACCUUAUUUCAGUUCAGAAAGAAAUAGAAAAUACAAAUUCAUCAGACUCUCAAUUGGAAAUUCAAAUGUGAAUAAAGCAUAAAGUGAAAGAACAUCGCUGCUUUUUACAUUGAGGUGAGGACAACUUCAUGUCUUUAAAUAAAAUCAAGAGAAACAUG